AUGGCAUCAUUUGCGCCAUCACUUUUCGUAUUUUUCUUUCAUCUCAUUAAUAAUUGGCCAAAACUUGUCGUCUAUAUUUUCAAUCAUUCGACUAAUUCAUCUUUGGAAGAAUUUGUUGAAAUUAAAUGGAAUAGACCUGGAAAGAUAAAAUCUAUUGGAAGAAGUGGUAUUUUUGCAAAUUCGGCUACCGAUUUUCGGAAACAUUAUGGUUUGGUGCAUUUGUCAGCUUGUUCAAGUUUAUUGCGAACAUGGCAGAAUAGAACGAUCCAAAAUUUUGAAUGGACAAUUUCGGAACAAUACAAUGGGCAACACUUUUAUUGGACAACACAGGAAUGUCAAACAUCUUGGCUGGCACCAGAACAAACAAGAUACAUCGUGAAGGUGUUAGUAAAAUUUAUGGAUGAUAAAAUUCUCCAUGGAGAAGUGAGAAUCAGAAUUCGUGACUACUGGAUUGGAGUAAUUGGCGAUUCAUUUGCUUCAGGAGAGGGUAAUCCGGAUGUUCCGGUUAAUGCACUUAAAAAAACAAUGGCAAAAUGGCUUUCGAAUCGAUGUCAUCGAAGUUCACGAUCUUGGGCCUAUAAGGUAUACGAAUGGGUGAGUGAUACGAUCGUAAAAGACAGUGCGAUACAUUUCACCUACUUACCGUGUACCGGCGCGUCUGUUGAUAAUGGAAUUUUAGUUUUCUCUAAUAAUACAUCACAAAUCAACGUGUUAGAACAGAUUACACGUAUAAGAGGUACCGGUCCAGAUUUGUUGAUGAUGUCAAUUGGCGGUAAUGAUAUUGGAUAUUCAGAAAUACUGUCAACUCUGAUUGGAGGUCCAACAGGUUCAUUGUUCUCCACCAUUGAUAUGCGCUUCUUCUACACAUCAUAUCAACUGGAUCGAGUUGCUAAGGCAAUUCAAAAAUUAAAACCUAAUCAGGUUAUUAUACCACAUUACUUUGAUCUCACACGCAACGAACGUGGUGUGGUAGACGCUGACUGCGCUGACAUGCGACAAAUAAGCACCGAAAAUUUGAUAUUGGCAGAGAAAAAAAUUUUACAACGAAUUAAUGGAUUGAUAACGAAAAAAUCUAAGCAAUACGGUUGGACAGCAAUUGAAGGUGUGGCCGAAUUAUUCCGGUCACGCGGUUGUUGUUCAUCUAAUUCACUCAUUAGAAGCAUACGAGACUCAAUUCAAUUACAAGGCAAUAGUUUCGGAGCAUUUCAUCCCAUUGAGGAAGCUCAUAAACAAAUUGCUGAUUUGAUUGUCAAACAAGUGCAACAAUUCCAUAAUUAA